AAAAUUUGUAUCUAUAUAUGUGUAUAUAUAAGUUCUACAGCCAUGUUUGCAUCAUGUUGUACCAAAAUUUUAAAACACACACAGGAUUUUCUUCUUUCUAUUUCUUCUCUCCAAAUUAAUAAAAAAAAGAUGUCGAAAUUAAAUCUCAAACGAAGUUCAUUGGAGAAGAUGAAUAGAAAUGGUGGUAGUAAAGAGAAAGAGAAAAAUACUAGUAAUAAGCAUAGCAGUGCUGCCAACUUUUUGGCAAAACAUAUGAAGAAAGUGUACCCAAUUGGGCUGUAUAAAACAAGUUCAUCACUCUCCCUCUCUUCUCUUUCAUUAUCUUUGUCUCAGAACUCCAAUGAUUCUUCCCUCAGUACCGACACUUCCUCUCAGCUGGAGCAGAAGAUCGCAUUAGCCCUUCAACUCAUCGCCUCGCCGGAGAAAAGGGAAGUUCCGGUGACCAAGAGUUUCCAGAAAAUCUCUCUUGAUAAUCCCUUUGAAGCUGAUGUGAAUCCAAGUGAGGAAGGCAUGACCAAGAGGUGCAAUUGGAUCACCAAGAGCAGUGAUAAUCUUUAUGUGCAAUUUCACGACGAAUGCUGGGGCGUUCCAGUAUAUGAUGAUCAGCAAUUGUUCGAGCUGCUAGCAUUAUCUGGAAUGCUAAUGGAUUUCAAUUGGACCGAAAUUCUACGAAGGAAAGAACUCUUCAGAGAAGCUUUCGGAGGAUUUGAUGCAAACUAUGUGGCAAAAAUGGGAGAAAAAGAGAUAAUGGACAUUGCUUCUGAUAAAGCAUUGCUCUUAGCCGAAUGUCGAGUUAGGUGCAUAGUAGACAACGCUAAAUGCAUAUUGAAAAUUGUGAAGGAAUUUGGGUCAUUCAGCAGCUACAUGUGGAAUUACGUGAGCUAUAAGCCAAUAAUAAACAGAUACAAAUACCCAAGAAAUGUACCAUUGAGGAGUCCAAAAGCAGAGGCCAUAAGCAAAGAUCUAUUGAAACGAGGGUUUAGGUUUGUAGGGCCAGUGAUUGUGCAUUCCUUCAUGCAAGCUGCUGGGUUGACGAUUGAUCAUCUUGUGGAUUGCUUUAGGUAUAGUGAAUGUGUCAACCUUGCGGAAAGACCUUGGAGGCACGUUUGAGAGAACAACAGCAUUUUCACAAUUCAUGAGUUAAAUUAUGAGUAACAUAUAUUUGGGGGCUUCUUUUUUUUUCUUUUUUUUUUUUUUGGUUUUUGUGUGAUCAUUUUUGUAUGUGUGUGGAAGCAAACUAAUUAAGGUUUUGGUUAUUAAGUUAUAGUUUUAUAACCAAACGUUGUAACUUAUAUUUUUUAUGUACAUUUUUUCUUCCUUGAUGGAGGUUUUCGGUCCUUUAAACUAUGUAUAAUUGCUUGAUUAAAUUGUCUCCUCAAAGUAUUCUUUCUAUUUUCAC